CGCGCGCUCGGCUCCACCCUGCCUCCCCGAACUCCAGCCGUCCCGCGUGCAGCUGUGUCCCGACUCCAGCCACUCCAGCUCGCCAUGGAUCCCAACUGCUCCUGCGCCGCGGGCGAAUCCUGCACCUGUGCCAGCUCCUGCAAAUGCAAAGAGUGCAAAUGCACCUCCUGCAAGAAGAGCUGCUGCUCCUGCUGCCCCGUGGGCUGUGCCAAGUGUGCCCAGGGCUGCGUCUGCAGAGGGGCAUCGGACAAGUGCAGCUGCUGCGCCUGAGGCCAGGAGAGCCCAGCUCCCAGAUGUGAAUAGAGGGACGUGCACAAACCUGGAUUUUUUUUGAUACCUCUCUGACCCCAUUUGCUACAUUCCUUUUUCUAUGAAACACGUGAAUGAUAAUAAAACACUUUUGACUUGA